UUUUCCAUAGAUGAAAAGUCUAUGAAAACUAAUUGAUGCAAAGUCUAUUUUCCCACUUGCAUGCCUUGUCCUGUGGAAAGUGAAAGGACCAAUAAUUCAUGCCAACAAUGAAGUUGUUGUUUGAUCUACCAAGACUUGUGGUAAUCUGAACUGUCCUGGCACCAACUAUAUUUAUUACUUCAUUAACCAAAAUGUAGUCACCAUUUUUAUUACUAUAAUCUGUGAACUUCAUUUGUCUGAAAUUUUAACAGUAAGGAACUGGUAAUGGAGCAUCGCCGUUUCCUGCUGCUUUUCCUCUUCUUCUUCUUCCAAAUUUUUCUAUGUUGUUUCAUGAGCGGCGUGCAGGGACUCAGUGCCAGCACUGAUAAAGCUGCACUUGCGUCUUUUAAAAAUGCACUCUCUGAUCCACAAAGCGCUCUUAGUAGUUGGACUCAAAAUACCUCCCACUGCAGUUGGUAUGGUGUUUCUUGCUCCAUAAAAGGAGCUCGAGUCCGGUCGCUUAACCUUUCUAGUCUCGGCCUUUUUGGUCCUAUACCUUCUCAGCUCUCAAAUCUUAGUUCCCUCUAUAUGCUUGAUCUUUCCAAUAAUUCGUUUUACGGCCAAAUUCCAUCUGAUAUUGGUCGUCUUUCUCGCCUUCAGUACCUUAUUCUUUACAUGAAUAAAAUCAGUAGCACUAUCCCAGUUCUUCUUUCUCAGUGUCAUAACCUGAAAUGGAUCAUCUUAGUUCAAAACAACCUCACUGGUAACAUUCCUUCAGAAUUGGGUUCUCUGCAAAGACUUGAAACUCUUAAUUUUGCUCUCAAUCGCCUUACUGGUGUUAUCCCUGAAACACUUGGAAAUCUAACCUUUCUUGAGAAACUUAUCCUUGCAAGAAACCAGCUCACUGGACAAAUUCCAAGUGAGCUUGGUCGUCUUCGAAAUCUUCGUGACAUUCAGCUGUCAGAAAACCAGCUUAGUGGAGAGAUUCCACUCUCCAUAUACAACAUUUCUUCUUUAUUCUUCUUAUCUGUGACAGAUAAUAAGCUUACAGGAAAGCUGCCAAGUGAUGUGGAUCUGAGUUCUGCUCUUCCAAAACUCAUGGAGCUUUUCUUGGCACAAAACAGGUUUGAAGGAAUGUUACCCAGUUCUUUAUUUAAUGCCUCACGUAUCCAAAGUCUGGAUCUCUCCAACAAUGGUUUUCAAGGGCCUAUUCCUCUCUUUGAGAAAAUGAACGAUCUUGUUUUGUUAAAUCUUGGCAGUAAUUUUCUUUCUUCUACCACAAUGUUAAACCUCCAGCUAAUUGAUUCUCUUAGGAACUGUACUCAGCUGAAAGUUCUCAAGAUCUAUUCCAACUCAUUGACUGGACAAUUUCCAAGUUCUGUUGCAAACUUGUCAACCCAUCUCCAGCAUGUUUGCUUUGCUGACAAUUCAUUGACUGGUAGGUUCCCCAAGGGAAUUGAAAAUUUUCAAGAACUGAUAUCUCUAUCAAUUGAACAAAAUUCUUUUGUUGGCGAGAUACCAGAAGCAUUAGCUAGCCUUAAAACACUUCAAAACUUUGCUGCAUUUGACAAUAUGCUCUCUGGAGAAAUUCCAGAUAUUUUUGGCAAUUUCACGCAACUAUCUGAUUUAUUGCUAGGAGGAAACCAGUUCUUUGGUAGAAUACCUACUAGUAUUGGAUCAUGCAAACGGUUGAACAUACUAAACCUAGCUGCAAACAGGCUUAGUGGAAGCAUACCAAAGGAGAUUUAUGGGCUUUCUUCUUUGGUCGAGUUGUAUUUGCAACAAAACGCUUUAUCCGGUCCAUUACUCGCAGAAUUUGGUAACCUGAAACAGAUCCAAUUGAUGAAUGUUUCUGGCAACAAGUUAUCAGGAAAUAUUUCUUCAACAAUUGGUAGCUGUUCAAGUUUGAUAAUACUCAGCAUGGCAGGAAACAACUUCACAGGCUUCAUCCCAAGCACAAUUGGAGAAUUAGCAUCGCUGGAGACGUUGGAUCUCUCUUCUAAUAGUCUCACUGGCGCAAUCCCUGAAGAGCUGGCGGAACUUCAGUACUUAGUCAAGCUUAAUUUUUCUUUCAAUCAGUUGGAAGGCCAAAUUCCAACAAGUGGAGUCUUCUUGAACCUCGGCCAUGAUAGUCUCAAAGGAAAUAACAUGCUUUGCAAUAGUAAUCACACAAUUACAGAAAAUCUGGGACUUCCUCGAUGCAAUGCAGAGAGAAAAAAUAAGCAUAUUUUGCUAAAGGUUAUACUUCCUGUUGCUAUUGUCACUUGCUUAGUAAUUUUUUUUUGCUUUUUAUUCACAUUCAUAUCCAGAAAAAAGCAAAAAAACAAAAAGGGAAAAGGAAUAAGCUUGCCCAAGGGGUUUCCUCCAAUGAUGUCUUAUUCUGACAUCAGGCUAGCUACAGACAAUUUCUCAGCCAAAAACUUGAUAGGGAAGGGUGGAUUUGGGUCUGUUUACAAAGGCAUCUUUAGAAACUUAGGAGAUGAAUCCGACAUCAGAGAAAAUGUUCUUGCUAUAAAAGUUCUCGACUUACAGAAAAGCAAAGCUGCCAGGAGUUUUGAAGCAGAAUGUGAGACUCUGAGGAAUAUACGGCACAGGAACCUUGUCAAGGUUAUCACUUCUUGUUCCAGCAUUGAACAUACAGGAGAAGAGUUCAAAGCUUUGGUUAUGGAGUUCAUGUCCCACGGCAAUUUAGAUAAGUGGUUGUAUGGAGGAGACGGGUUAUGCUUAACGUUAUUGCAAAGAUUGAAUAUUGCAAUUGACGUUGCUUCUGCCAUGGAUUACCUGCACCAUGACUGUGAGCCGCCGAUAGUUCAUUGUGAUCUGAAACCUGGAAAUGUUUUAUUAGACCAUGAUAUGGUAGCCCAUGUUGCUGAUUUUGGAUUGGCAAGGUUUGUUUCUCAACAUUCGUCAGGGAAUGGGAGCUGGACAAUAGGACUGAAGGGCUCCAUUGGUUACAUAGCCCCAGAGUAUGGUCUGGGAGGCAGUGCUUCAACAUCUGGAGAUGUGUACAGUUUUGGGAUCCUGUUGCUAGAGUUAUUCAUAGCAAAGAAACCAACUAAUGAAAUGUUCCAAGAAGGUUUAAACCUGAAUAACUUUGCGACCAAAGUUAAUGAGAAUCAUGUCACGGAGAUUGCUGAUCCAAGGCUUUUCAGGAAUGAUGAACAUUUUUCUUCAGAAAGUACAUCCACCAGUUCUUAUCUUACUGAUGGUGAUAGUAGCAGAAAUAGCAAUGGAAGUAGUAGCAGAAGAAUUUCGGUAGGCAAAGGAGAAGAGUUCAUAGCAGCUGUAAUAAGAGUUGGUUUGUCCUGUGCAGCUGAUUCUGUAAAUGAUCGUUUAACCAUGAGAGAAUCCUUAUCGAAGCUGCAAAAGAUAAAGAAAGCUAUAGUAGAUAUUGUUUAAGUUUGAUGUCUACAUUUUGUGGGUUUCAUUAAUAGAAGAUUUAGAAUAAAAUGCUUAUUGGCAUUUUUCUAAUUAGAGAUAACCAUCCAUAUAACUAUUUGUGUUAUGUUAACUCAAUCAAUGGAUGCUGAUUUAUAACA